AUGUCAUCUGCUAAAAGAUCCACUUCCAGAGUUUCUAAAAAGAAGGCUGCUCCAGCUAAAGACGGUGCUCCAAAGAAGAGAGAGCAAUCAACCAGAUACAAAUACGUUGAAUUGAAUAAAGCUUCACUCACAUCAGCAGAGGCUCAGCACUUCUAUGGAGUUGUCAUUGAUGCCACCUUCCCAUACAAGACCAACCAAGACAGAUAUAUCUGCUCACUCAAGGUUGUUGACCCAUCCCUCUACCUUAAGAGCCAAAAGGGAACUGGUGAUGCCAGUGACUAUGCCACCUUAGUCUUAUAUGCUAAGAGAUUUGAAGAUCUUCCAAUCAUCCACAGAAUUGGAGACAUCAUCAGAGUACACAGAGCAACUCUCAGACUUUACAAUGGACAAAGAUAAUUCAAUGCUAACGUUUUCUACAACAGUUCAUGGGCUCUAUUCUCUACUGAUAAGAAAUCAGCACUCCAAGAAAUCGGUGGUCAAGAGCCAGUUAGCGACCUUACCCCAUUCGCUUUCUCAGGAAAGAACUAUACCUUUGAGAAGAGCGAAGCUGCCCUUCUCCAAAACAUUAGAAAAUGGGCAGUUCAAUACUUCCAACAAUACAACGUUAUUUCAAGUGAUAUGUUCACCCCAUUGAAUAAGGCUCAAGCCCAAAAGGGAGACUUCGAUGUUGUUGCUAAGAUUCUUCAAGUCUUUGAGCUAGACGAAUACACCAACGAGCUCAAGUUGAAAGAUCAAUCUGGUCAAGUUUUCUACACCCUCGCUCUUAAGCUCAAGUUCCCACACUUGAGAGCUGGAGAAGUUGUUAGAAUUAGAUCAGCUACUUAUGAUGAGACCUCAACCCAAAAGAAGGUCCUCCUUCUAAGUCACUACUCCAACAUUGUUACCUUCGUAAGUGCUUCAAAGCUUGCCAAGGAAAUCAAGGGUAAAGUCACUGAUGAUAAAUCAGUUGAGAAGGCUGCACUCAAGCAAGAUGUUAGCUUGAGCGCUGUCGUCCUCACUGAAGUCGACAAGAAGCAUGCUGGUCUCCCAACCCACUCACUUCAAGAUUUAUUCCACAACGCUGAUACUGAUAAGGAAAUCUCAAGCAAAGACACCUUCAGAACUCAAUUCUACAUUACCAGAGUUGAACCAGUUGAUGUUAAGGAAUGGGUUAAGUCAUACGACAGAAAAUCAAAGAAGGCCUCAUCCCACAAGGGUGCUGCAGCCAAGAGUGGAGAGAACAUUUUCCAAGUUCAAUUCCUCGUCAAGGAUGCCUCAACUCAACUUAACAACAACACCUACAGAAUCCUCCUCUACACCUAGGAUGGUCUUGGUGCUAACUUCUUCAAUGUUAAGCCAGAUAACCUUUACAAGAACAAUGAUGCCAGAAAGAAGCUCGAGGAAUACAACGAACUCCUAACCAAGUUCAACUCAUACGUUGAUGCAGUUGUCGAAAGAAGAAACGGAUUCUAUUUCAUUAAGGACACCAGAAUCAUCUUCUGA